AUUUGCACUUCACAUCAUGCCAGCACAUUGGUAAAACGAACACAAACUCUCUUUUCUACGUUCUCGAUCAAACGUUCCACUGGAUUUAGAGAGAUUCUUCAGGAAUUCGAAUUUGGAUGCUUGUGAUCCAUAUUAUAUGCUUUACUUGUAACGAUUGGAUGAUUAACGGGGAAGAUUCCAUGCUGACAUUGAGCUACAUUUGAAUUUUAUUAUCGUUCGCGGUUCAAGGACUGCUCCGUUUCGUUUCGGAAAUGGCUUCGAUGGAGAUCACAUUUCUUCUUGUUUCGAUCCUAGCCGUGUUAGGGGCACAAGGAGAUUUACGGUACAAGGAAUUAUCAGUAAAAAUGCCUGGUGCCGCCGCUAAACAGAAUGAUGAUUAUCUAUGUACAUCUGUCCCAGUACAUGCUGAUGAGGAGUAUAUAGUGAGCUUUGAGGCGGAAGCAACUGAGGAAGUGGCACAUCACAUGAUACUCUCAGGCUGCAAGAUACCAGGAAGCAGGAAAAAAGUUUGGGGGUGUGGUCUGAUGGGGGGUCUGGAGUGCGCCUCUGGGCAAGAGAUACUUUUUGCUUGGGCAAAAAAUGCACCACCCAAAAAAUUACCAAAAGGGGUGGCCUUUCAAAUUGGGAAAAAGUUCAACAUCAACUAUUUGGUACUACAAGUGCACUACAGACAUAAAGCGAAAGUUGGCCAGUCUGACCACUCUGGGUUUGUACUUCACACAACUACAACAAGACCACAUUACAUUGCAGGGAUCUACCUGCUUUGGUCCGGAGAUGCUGAUAUCCCCCCAGACACUCAAGAAGUCCAUGUGGAUCUAGCUUGCAAGUACCAGGAUGAUCAUCCCAUUUAUGCGUUCGCAUAUCGCACCCAUGCUCAUGGCCUUGGCCGUGUUAUUAGCGGAUACCGAGUACAAGACAGCAAGUGGUCAUUGCUGGGAAAAGGCGAUCCACAGGCACCACAGGCCUUCUACCCGAUAGACCACCCAGUGACUAUAUCCAAAGGAGACACAGUGGCUGCGCGUUGCACGUUUGACAGCCGAGGCCAUAAACUAGACCAUCAUGUCCACAUAGGGGCCACCGGUGCAGAUGAAAUGUGUAACUUCUACCUGAUGUAUUACCGUGAUGCGUCAGCUAGACCUUUACGCCAGGACGAGUGCAAUUCAAAUCGCCUCCCGCCUGAUAGCCACUUCCCUAAAGACUCUGACAAGCCUCUGAAGCCUCCCGUGGACACGAGUGACGAGCUGACAGGAAGUAGGAAGAGAGUGCUUGAGGACGUGGAUGUUCCUGAGGAUGACGAGCUUGUCAUCAAGAUGCCAGGAGCUCAGCCUGAUGAGGAAAACGAUUACCUUUGCACGGCAGUGAGAAUAAAGGAAAGAGAAAAAUACAUCGUCCACUUUGAGCCUCAAGCCAGCAGUAAAGUAGCGCACCAUAUGUUGCUGUUUGGAUGUGAUGAGCCAGGAAGCGACCAGGAAAUCUGGAAGUGCAGGGAGAUGAGCGGUAGAAAAUGCAAGGGGGACUACAAGGUCAUCUAUGCAUGGGCCAAUGACGCCCCUGCAAAGAAUUUACCCCAGGACGUAGGGUUCAAGAUUGGCAAGAACACGAACAUUAAGUACCUCGUUCUUCAGAUGCACUAUAAACACAAAAUACAGCCUGGAUUAAAGGACAACUCAGGACUUGUCUUGAAAACAACAACCAAACGUCAAAAGAAUACAGCUGGUGUUUUGGUCAUUUGGGCUGAGCAGGCGUCUAUCCCUCCAGAUACGAAUGGUUUUCAUGUUGACGUGGGGUGUAAAUACGAGGAGGACUUCCCCAUUCACCCAUUUGCUUUCAGGACGCACGCUCAUUCCCUAGGUCGUGUGGUGACUGGUUACCAAAUUCAUAACAAGCACUGGACUCUGAUGGGCAAAGGAGAACCGAAAGCUGCCCAGGCAUUUUACCCCAUAAUGCAUCCCCUGACUGUAUCUUCAGGGGAUUUGUUGGUUGCGAGAUGCACUUAUGACACAGUAGGGCGAGACCUCAAGUCCCCAGUCGGCAUUGGUGCUACAGGGGCGGACGAGAUGUGCAACUUCUACGUCAUGUUUUAUCGCGAAUCUAAAUACGAAGACAGACCUAUCCCAAAAUGCACCAAGAACUUCCACUCCAAGAACUUCCCUCCAGACUCCGACACCGCCCUAGUGACGUCAUCAUCAUCGGAGGAGGAAGGAUCAGGGAUGAUGGACCCGGCACAAGAAAAUCCGCUGAACAAACUGCGGUAUCACCUUGUCGAGAACUGGCCCCUACUCGGGCAAGAGACCCUGGGCCAGGUGUCAGCGGUAGCUCUGGACAUGCGUGGUAACGUGGUUGUGUUUCAUCGUGGCAGUCGCGCUUGGGACUUAAAAUCUUUUGAUCGUGAUAAUGUGUUCCAAGAGAGGACUCCAAUCAGAGAGCACACCGUGACAACCUUCGACCGCAAGACCGGCAAGAUCAUCGGCAGAUGGGGACGUGACAGGUUUUAUAUGCCUCAUGGGCUCACCAUCGAUCACGAGGACAACACAUGGAUAACUGACGUUGCGUUACACCAGGUCCACAAGUACGGUACAGACGGCAGUAGUGAGCCCGUUCUAGUGCUGGGCGAGAUGUUAAGGCCUGGUUCAGACGACAAGCAUUUCUGUCAACCAAACGAUGUUGCCAUAGAAACCACUGGUGUUUUCUACGUGGCCGACGGAUACUGUAACAGUAGAGUUAUGAAGUUCAGCCCGGAAGGCAAGCUACUGGAGCAGUACGGCAAGGCAAUGUCUGCUAGAGGGCUUGGUUCCCCGCCCCCCUUGGGCGUUUUUGACGUCGUGCACAGCCUUGCUUUGGAUCAGACUCACCACCAUUUGUAUGUGGCUGACCGUGAGAAUGGUCGAGUGCAGAGACUGGACACUAAGAAGGGCAGAUUUGACCGAGAGAUCACCAACAAAGAGUUUGGUGCUUCAGUGUAUGCUGUUGACUUCAAUUCACACGAUGGUGGGGUUUUGCAUAUUGUCAACGGUGAAUCAGUGUUCGGUGGCAAAAGAAUUGCAGUCCAGGGAUUUACUGUCCGGACAUCGGACGGAGCACUAUUGGGCAAGUGGCCCGGACAAGGAAAUUUCUUCACUCAACCACACGAUAUCGCAUCCUCCGCCGACAACAAUGAGCUGUUCGUGACGCAAACCGGACCUAACAGAGUGUGGAAACUCACUCGUGUCUUGCCUCCUUUAUCCAACGAGAAAUCACAACCAAGCGGCCACUCGGAAUCAUCCCAGUCUGUCAAGACUAUUGGUGAUCACUCGAGAAGGUUUGGAAACGAGAAUGAUUACACGGACUCUGCGGGUGAUAGAAAAGCCAGCAGGUUCGGGGCGCAUAAUGAGGCGUCUUCUUCGUUUGACGAGAAGAACAAAGAGGAUCAUUCUUCACGGUUUCAUGGAAAGAAUGAUCACGAAUUUUCUAGAAAGUUCGGGAAAGGUCCCUGGACGGAGGAAGAUAGACAAGCAGAAGGCUCAAUGAAGGCGUUGCCUACACUCGUGAGUAGCGAGCAAGAUCCGUGUGUCCUUGAGAAUGCCACCGGUCCGUGUAGAGGAGCAUUUCCCAAGUGGUACUACAGCACUGCGGAUAACGCGUGUCACGAAUUCCUCUAUGGGGGGUGUGGCGGUAACGCAAACAAGUUUGACAGCAAGAGCGAGUGUCUUGAAGUCUGCUAUAGAGAUGAAAGAAAACACUCAAAAAUCCCGGAUGACAACUUAGGGAAAAAAAACGAAGAUGCCUUGAAGAAUUUAAAAAUUAUUACAACGAGUAAUCGGCCAACCGCUGACCCGAGCGAGAUCACUGACGGGCUCUCAACACAGGGUACCCAUGACGAGUGGGAUCUCGCUCAGGGCGAGGACGAGGGCCCUGAGAGUAACAUACAUUAUAAUAUAUCGGACUACCCCCCGUACCAACCCAAGAACAAGGGCGGAGUUAAUGGUACCGCCUCCGUGCACAAGCUAGAGCACCCGACCCAGUCCCCCGACGAACUGGCGGUCGGCAUGAUCCCCGCGCUCAUCAUCCUCUCAGUGCUUGCCGUACCAAUCGUCUUCCUCCUCCUCAUUAGCAUAAUCCUGCGCGUGCGCGCUUAUCGACGCGAGUCUCGUUUCCAUGCCAGCAGGCCGUUGAAGGGCAAGGAGCAAGAAAGACUGGGUGUGAGUCGAACACGUGGUUGGUGCUCUUAUUUGAACUGCUGUGACAAGAGAAAGUAUGGGUUUGAUAGAGUCGACUUAGCCGAGUUUUACAGUGACUCUGAUAGCGAAGGAGUCUAAAAAUGUAAGCUCAUUGGU